GGGUUAGGCGGCAUCUUCCCAAAAUGUAUAUGUAUGUUUUACUAUAUAUGUUACAUAUAUAAUGUGGCGGCUGGUCAAUAGGGGGCGCUAGGGCGCCGCCCUCCCUGAUGGAAAGUGAUUUUUAAAUUUUUUUUUUUUUCCAAAAAUAAUCGUUUAAAAUAAAUAAUUACUGCUUAUUCUACAAAUAAAUGUGUUUUGAAUGAUAAAGAACGAGCCAUAUAUAUAAUAUAAACCAUUAUUUACGGGGUAAUUUGUGUCCACGGUCAUUUGCCCUCUCUCCUGGGGCGCUAGAAAAGUUGCCCCAGCACUGCAGCAGCUCAGCCAAUGGUGGACUGUUGCUGAGACAAAAAAACACAUAGCAACGGGUAAUUUAGCCAAUUAGCGUCAUCGAAUUUGUUAAGCUUGGGGCGCUGAAAAUAUCGCCUUGGGGCCUGUAAGUAUCCUAGCAACCAGAAACAAGUGUGGGAAAUCGAGACGGCGUCGUAAAGUAGACAAGAACAAGAACACGCAGAGCUUCAGCUGCCCGUAAGUUCUGUAAAAUCACUCUUUAAACCACUUCGAAAGGAGAACUUUAGGGGGAAAACUUUGUUAAAGAACUUGGAGCUGAGAAGCCGGGUCUGAAUUUAACACAGCAGACAGGAGAAAGGUAAAACUCACCAGAGGAGCUUCUCUCUGAACUGGUAUGACAUGAAGGCUUGGCUAACUCGAUGUUGUUUUGCAAAUGCAGUAUUCUGCUUCCCGUGUUUACUUUUUAAAAUGCCGGGGGCAGAUAUUACAUGGACUGUAACAGGAGUUAGAGACCUAAAACAUUUAUCAGCGGAUUUAAAAACAUGAAUGCUCGAAGGUGCACAUGAACAACGCCGUCAAGCUAGCCGUGCUAGGCAGGACUAGCAGAGCUGCGCAGCUGGAUGAAGGACACAGGAUCGCGGUCAGAAAACACAAUGAAGAGCUGGACCGAGGAUCGAGUGUGUGAAAUUCUGUGGAGCUUUUGAGCUGGCAUUGCGAGACCGCGAUGAGACAGCAUCGUCCGACAACCCCGGCAUUUUUCGGGGAUUAGUCGGACGGUGUGUUAAAGGAGCACCUGAAGACCUCCACUGUCUUACAGGCACCUCAAAGACAGUUCAAAACAAACUUUUUUUUAUUAUCUGGCUAUUCAGGCAGAUUGUAGCUGGCCCUUGGUACCAGUAACUGAGGCGGAGAGUUUCAUACUGGUGCAUAUAUUUUAUUCACGUCGAGCACCGUGAAAACUACAGAUAAGAAAUACAAAAGAAAAAAUAAGGAACAUUAGUCAAAAUACACAAGCAGAAAUUUCAUUAAUACAUUUACAAUGUUGAUCGCAAUCAAAAGAAAACUUCAUAGCACAAAUUACCAAAUACUAUAAAAGUGCAAUUAACUAAAUUAAUAAUAAAAAAAGAAAAAUACAUUCAUUAGACAAAAGGUGAUAAUUAAAAUUCGCACGAAUAAUUACCGCAGCACCAUCGCUCAGAAACAUCACUCAAAUUAAACAACCACAGGAUUAAUAAUCACAACAAUUCAAACUUACAUACCUUGUUCCACAACCAAGGGGGCUAAAAUAUUAGGGGAACAUCAAGGUACGAAUCUUCUCAAGGAUCGUCUGUUUCCUAACAACCCAACAGUAAGAACUUAACAUUAACAGUAAAGACAAGAUAAUUAUGAUGGAACCAGUGCGUCAUCAAACAACAAACUUACUCCGAGUACAUCAUGGACAUUUUCAACAAAGAGAAGGUGAGCAGCACGCCACACCGCGGCGGACAACAGGUGAGCAGUACCAGCAGUGACAGGAAAGCACGGGUGGAUCAUGUCGUCUAAUUAAUCACUUCCUCCCUUCCUGCCACCGCAUUUCCUCUGGUGCUACACAACAGUGACCCGUCCCCAGGCAGCAGCACCAACCAACCCGCUGUCAUUCACACAGAUGAAACUACAGACACUGCCACUCAUUGUCAGCUGGUGCUCGUGCUACGUUACACUGACAGCCUGAAUAAAGUCCGAGAGCGUUUUAAUGAGUUCAUCCAGCUUCCAAACUGCUGACACAGUCGCCACUGCGGUGUUGGAAAGGCUGAAGACUUUUCUUCCUGAAGGACAACGGGGAAAACUAAUGGCCCAGGUCUAUGACGGAGCUGCCGUGAUGAGGAGCCACAGCUGGCGUGCAGCGCAAGGUUCAAGACGUGUACUACGUUCACUGCUGUGCUCAUCAGCUGAACCUGACAAUGCGGCAGGCAACAUCCCACAUCACCAAGGUCGGCGCUUUUUUUUCAGAUCUGGGUGGAUUUGCUGCAUUUUUCUCCAGGUCAUCCAAGCGAACUGCUGUGCUUGAUCAAGUGGUGGCACACAGACUUCCUGGAGCUUCAACAACAAGGUGGAACUUUCACAGUCCUGCUGUUAACACCAUUUAUGAGCACAAGGAUGACCUCCUGAAGGGUUUUCAGACCAUCAGAGAGAAAGGUGAAUUUGAUGCAACAACUGUGACAGAGGCUGGGGGUUUUGAGAAAAUGCUGGAAGGUGAAGAUUUUGUUUUUUCCUGGCAUUUUUUCACAAGAUCAUGGCACAUGUAGACAUGCUGUGUAACCAGCUGCAGAAGAGGAACAUCGUCUCUGUCUACAUCACAGGAGUCAUUCAGAGGUUCUUCAACAGCAUUCAAGCUAUCAGGUAUGUGAUACCAUUGUGAGGCAUGUCUUUCACCAAGCACCUCAUCAGUGCAACUCUGCUGCAACGAGACUUGUUCCCCCAACACAGUGCAAAGUUCCCGGAUUCAGCGCUGGAAACCACUGGAAGUCUACCCCACACUGGACAAGGCCAAACUGAAGACACAAUUGUCCCUGGUCUAUGAAAAUGAAGAGUUCAAGGCUUUUCAGGGAAAACAACCUCCAGGACACAUUCAGCGAGACUACGUAUGAUGAACUGACGAUGUGUGACGCCUCACUUCACAGCGGAGGCGGAGCUACACUACCUGGCUCAGACAUGUCCUCCCGGCCUGAGAGUAAGACAGCCUCUCAGUUCGUGUCUCUCACCAUGAGACUGAAGGAUAAGCUCCACCCACAGCGGAUCAGACGCACUGAGCGAGUCAAACACACCCUGUCACAGAGGAGGAAGCCAGCUGAUCUGAACCUGCAGGAACACACACUACAUCACAAGUCGAGGUGUGUGUUGGAGGACCAACAGCGGGCCGUUGUCACUUCUCUGCAUUACUUCAAAGCUCUGGUGGACAGACUGGGACUGGACAGACCCGGAGUGGACAAACUGGUCCUGGACCAGUCUGUGGUGGGGGGUCUGCUGGGCGGGGCCUCUGGUGGGGUCCUGGAAGCGGUCCAGAUUCUGGUCCAGCUGGAGCCACACCUGCACAAAAGUAAGACCAUCUCCGCCUGUCUCAAUCGUCUCUACCGGUCUCUGGCUCAGCUGAUUCAAUGGGCCGAUCGGGUGAUGCUGCAGGGCGUUGCCCACGACGACAAAGAGUCCACAGUCAGCGUUACCACGGUGAUGAGAGCCGUGCUGGACGGGGUCAAGGAUCUAGUUCGAUUGGCUGCGGAGAGAGAGGAAGGCUCCGCCCCUUUAUCUCCUGUCCAAUCGCAGCCUGCCAUGGGACAAAUGGGGGGGUUUGACGAGCAGGAGACGUCAGACAGGAUGUCCACCUGCAGGAGUCCUGCACAGGAGGAGGACGGGGGGGAGGAGACAGUUUCAGCUCCUCCAAAACCACUCAUGCCCCUCCCCCAGGUGCCCCCCCCACAGGGACUCAGUCCUCCAGCUCUACCUCCUAAAAAGCGUCAAUCAUUGCCAGGCCCCGCCUCCUGUAGGGUUGCCAUAGUAGCACCAAUGAGACGAGAGCCUGAAGUUGAAACACAGGUACAAGAGGAUUGUGAGGACGACGACUGUUUAAAGCGAUGCUCUUCUUGUUCUGCAGACUCUGCUGCUGACAACACAUACUGUGAGGAGGAUCCAGACUACGACUUCCUCCACACGGACCUCUCCUCCUCUGAGACUCUCCCUCCUCUUCCUCCCCCCUCCUUCCCCCCACCCGCCCUCCCAGAGAAGAGACGACGCAGCGCUGCAGGAACGACCAACUCUGAGGCCCCGCCUUCUUUUGAGUUUGAUUCAGUCCCCCAAAAACAAGUUGAUCCUGCAGAAUCUCUGUCCUCCCCCCUGUCCCCCGGCAAGAGUCCGCCUCCCCUCCCUGAGAAGAAACGACACAUCCAUCAGUACCUCCAGUUCUGUUCGUCGUACAGCGCUCAGCCGCCCUCCAUCUUCUAUCAGACUCCGCCCACCUUCAGACAGCGAGAGGUGGAGACCGCCUACCUGCUCACACACACACACCUAGACACAGACUCCGCCCCUUCACCUGAGCUACCUCCUGCUCCAGCUCUACCACCAAAGAAGAAACAGCAGGAUUCAGCUGACGAUCAGGAUUCAGACGACAAACUCACCACAGAGAACCAGAGCAGAGACAGUCUGAGCUCCCAUCAGCAGCAGCAGCAGCAGGAGAAGGAGCAGGAGCAGCAGGAGGUGUUACUGACUGAUCGGGAGGAGGUUCUCCACAGAAUCACCAUGAAGCCUGAGGAGGAGGAGGGGCCAGACGUGAAGGCAGCCUCUCCUGACAUCCUAGUGGUCUACGCCACAGAGACUGACAUCAGCACCGAACGGGUCCUGUAUUGUGAAGCCUUCCUCUCCACCUACAGGACCUUCAUCAGACCAGAUGAUGUCAUCAGUAAACUACAGCACAGGUACAAACACCUGUGUGAAGGACGUGAACCUGAACACCUAAAAGCUGCCAAGAACACCUUCCACCUGUUGGUCAGAGUAGUGGACGAGCUGUGUGUGAUGGAGCUGGACUCUGAUUUGCUGUUGCUGCUGAUGGACCUGGUGUUUAGCCUCCUGAUUGGUGGAGAGCUGGGCCCGGCUCACCUGCUGCGCUCCAACAUCUUGUCCAAGAUGGAGCAGAAGUGGCAGCGCAUUGGUUCUCCACAGUCACUCCGCCCCCUCGCAGCCAGGGGCGUGGCAGCCAGACCAGGAACUCUGCUGGACUUCAGGAGUCAGGAUUUAGCUGAACAGCUGACUCUGCUGGACUCAGAGCUCUUCUACAAGAUCGAGCUUCCGGAGGUGUUGCUGUGGUCUAAAGAGCAGAAUGAGGAGAAGAGUCCAAACCUGACAGAGUUCACUCAACAUUUCAACAACGUGUCCUUCUGGGUUCGUUCAGUCAUCAUCCUUCAAGACAAACCUCAGGACAGAGAGAAACUGCUACUGAAGUUCCUCAAAAUCAUGAAGCACCUGCGGAAGCUGAACAACUUUAACUCGUACCUGUCCAUCCUGUCAGCACUAGACUCCGCCCCCCUCCGACGCCUGGAUUGGCAGAGGAGCACAGCUGAGGCUCUGGAGGAGUACAGCUCUUUGAUUGACAGCUCGUCAUCAUUCAGAGCGUACAGAGCAGCUCUGGCUGAGGUGGAACCUCCCUGUAUACCUUACCUGGGCUUGAUCCUUCAGGACUUGACCUUUGUCCACCUGGGGAAUCCUGACACCUUGAUGACAUCACAGGGUUCAAAGGUCAACUUCUCUAAACGCUGGCAGCAGUUUAAGAUCCUCUACACUCUGAGGAGUUAUCAGCAAGUGCCAUACUCUCUGCAGCCCAACGAUGACAUCAUAUUGUUCUUCAACGACUUCAGCGACCACCUGGCUGAGGAGGCAUUGUGGGAGCUCUCUCUCAGGCUCCGUCCACGGAACACCCCGAGAACCAAUCAGAGAUGAUGGAUUGAACAUGGUAACCUGAACUAAACUGGGCCGGAGUGAUGCUAGUCAAAGGCUAACAUAGCACAGAGGCUGUUCAGACACUGGGCUAACCAUGGCUAACAGAGCAGCUUCAUGUAAACAGAGGUCCUGAUGUUUCUAUUUGGUGCAACAACAUUAAUGUAUAGACCAGGCAUCACCAAAUGGCGGACCGCGGUCCGGGCACGGACCCAGUGACGGUUCUACCCGGACCCGUGAAAAUUAUAUUAUAAUUAUAAUAUUAGGCCUAAUAAAAAGAUAAAUCAUUCAUGCAUGCGCAGCUAAUUUAGUUUAUACGACAGAAACGUCAUCAAUAGCCAAGCCAAUCAAAUCGAUUGUUUACCUUUCAGCACCAGAGAAGGGGGGGUGGGGGGGGGGGGGAGAGUGAAAAUGGCUUGAGAAAAGUAGACAGUGAAAACCGAACUUUUAAAGAUGAACAGACGGACCAAUACAUGUUCGUCCUGCCUGCAGCCACUUCUAAACCUGCGUCUCACAUGCUGUGAAACUGUGGCGUUAAUAACAAGGAGCAACGUUAAGCGUCACUAUGAGACCAAACACGGAUCGUCUGAUGAAACAUCCCCGCAGAAGUCCGCAGUGAGGGCAAGUCAGAUGAUCGAACUGAAAGCACAGUAUGACCGGUCUACCCGUGUCCUCACACACGCAUUUACAGGCCAGCAACGUGCAGAUGAGUGCUCACUUAAGAUUGCAUGGAUUUUGGCGCAACACAAGAAACAUUGAGCGAUGGGACAGUGGAAGUGAAGGAGUGCUUAAAUGCGGCUGCAGAGACUUUACUUGACAGUAAACAAAAAAAAACGACGUGUGUGUGAAAAAAUCAAGCAAAUCCCAUCGUCAGCUUCAACGACAACCAGAAAAUCCCAACUAUUAGCAGAGGAGCGACUGGCACAGCUUGAUUCAGCUGUUCAAAACGCAGGAUGCAUUUCCUUAGCUAUUGCUGAGUCCACAGAUGUAACUGAUAAUGCCCAGCUUUUGGUGAAUGUGAGAUUUCCUCACAAAGAGAAGAGAGAGAUGUGUGAGGACCUGUUGGGUUUAAUGCCACUAGUUAAUACAUGGUUAAAAUAGUGGGUGGGCAGCUCAAAGGUCUUUUGUUUAGAAGAAGAAGAAUGAAUUCAGUUACUUGAAAUGUAGUAAAGACAACUACAGUAAUAUUUUCCAUUCAAGUGCCAUACAAGUUCAGACUUAUCAGUAUGUUUAAAGUAUAUAACACUUGAAAUUUGACAAUAAAUGACAUAGAAAAGUA